GACGACGUUCGCGAGACAUCGCAAAGGAGAGUUCGAGUGUGAGUGUCGUGUGAAAAUGUGUAAAGUCGAAAUGCUGAGAGCCUUGCUCAGUCAGCGACUGAAUGCAGCCUUCGAAGAGAUAUUUGUCGUUUUUGAAAGAACGAUAGCGGAGUACGAGGACGAACUUUGUCGAACUAAAGAGGAAAACGAGCGACAACGUCAACUCCUGGACGCAGUUUUCAAGAAGCCCCAAGUUGUGUUGCACAAACCGGGCCUCAGUGAUGAAGAUGUGCCCCCUUCGCUGCAGGAGUGGUGCUUCAGUGUGGACCAGCAGGAGCCCGAUCCCCCUCACGUUAAAGAGGAAAAGGAGGACGUGUGGAGCAGUCAGGAGGGAGAGGAGCAGCGAGGGCAGGAGCUGCCUUUGUUUCGUGUCGUUGUGAAGAGUGACGAUAAUGAAGACGAGCCUUGCUCCUCACAGCCUCAUCGCAGUCAACAUGAGAGCAGAACAUCUCAAGCGGACAGCCUCUUAGCGCCACUGUCAAAUAAUGAUGACGCAACAUCACACUCUCUUGACACUGACGACGAACACGCUAAAGGUGACGUGACAUGUCACGCUCACAACACACAUGUGAGAUGUUCUGACUGUGGAAAAAAUUUAGGUGACACUGACACGAGGUGUCCCGCUCGAGAAAAACCCUUCAUUUGCUUGGUGUGCGGAAAAGGAUUUUCUCGAAAUGAGCAUUUAAUCACACACACCAGAACACACACGGGAGAAAAACCAUUUAUCUGCUCUGUUUGUGGCGGAAGAUUCUCCCAGAAGGGCAGUCUGAAGAAACAUAUGAGGACGCACACCGGAGAAAAGCCGUUCAGCUGCUCAGUGUGCACUAAAACAUUUAGUGAUAGUUCAGCAAUGGUGAGGCACUUGAGAAGACAUACCGGGGAGAAACCUUUUACCUGCUCCAUGUGCAAGGCGAACUUUACUCAUCGUUCAGCGUUGGUCACCCAUUUCAAAGUGCACACUGGAGAAAAACCUUUUCCCUGCUCAAUUUGCAGUAGAAGAUUCUCUGUAAAGACACAGUUGACACGGCACAUGAAAAUACACACUGGCGAGAAAGUGUUCAGUUGUGGUGUGUGUAAUGAAGGAUUCUUAUACAACUACCAGCUUACUAAACACAAGUGUCCUGGUGUGAAGUGUAGAAGUAGUUCUAAUGAAGCUGCAGGACUAUAAAAAAUAAAGCCACAUGGAGAUUUUUAUUUUUUACAUACCACAGUCUCUUCACACUCCUAACAUCCUAAUGGCCAAAUGGAAAAAAAUGCUUUAAGGACCAGCGAUGACUAUGAAAUUAUACCAUUGGCUGAGUUUACACUGCAGGUCAAAGAGCCUACUUCUAAUUUAGAGUGUUGCUAAAUUGCCCCUUUCAGCUACCGUGUCCAUUAUCUCAGUGAUUUUCUUUGGGAGGUCAAUCCUUGUCUAUGUCUGUUGACAAUUUCAGUUUUAUAUUUAACACAGUGGGUACGGAAAGUUAUUCCGACCCCCUUGUUUCACUCUUCGUUAUAUUCGUACAGUAUCCCAUAUUGACAGAAAAAUACAGAAUUGUUGAGAUUUUUGAAGAUUUAUUAAAAAAGAAAAACUGAAAUAUCACAGAGCCAUAAGUAUUUAGACCCUUUGCUCUGUAUUUCUUAGAAGCACCCUUUUGAGCAAAUAUACUGUAGCCUUAAGUCUUUUUGGGAAUGAUACCACAGGUUUUUCACACCUGGAUUUUGGGAUUCUCUGCCAUUCCUCCUUGAAGAUUCUCUCCGGUUCUCUCAGUUGGACAUCUCCAGAGAUGCUCUGUUAGGUUUAAGUCAGGGCUCUGGCUGGGCCAUUUAAGAACAGUCACAUAAUUCUGAAGCCACUCCUUCAGUAUAAGUAAGUGUUUUGGGUCAUUGUCUUCUUGGAAAGGUGAACCUUUGGCCCAGUCUGAGGCCCUAGGCACUCAGUCUGGAGAAGAUUUUAGUCCAGGAAAUCCAUGGAGUUGACCGCAUUCAUCUUUUCUUUGAUUGCAACUAGUCAUCCUGUCCCUGCAGCUGAAGAACACCUCCACAGCAUGAAGCUGCCAUCAGGAUGCUUCACUGUUGGAACUCUAUUGAAAUGGUGAUGAGCAGUCCCUGUUUUUUUCCACACCUUCUAGAACAUUCUCCUAUUUUCUAACUGCAUCUGUGGAUCUCAGCCAAAGUGAUCUUUGGGUUCUUCUUUACCUCUCUCAGCAAGGCUCUUCUCCCCUAGUUGCUCUGGUUGACCGGACAGCCAGCUCUAGAAAUAGUUCUUGUCAUCCCUCAUGUCUUCCAUUUAAGGAUUAUUCAGGCUGCUGUGCUCUUGGGAGCUUUAAGCGCAGCAGACAUUUUUUUUAUACAUGGCCAGAUCUGCACCUUACCACAAUUCUGUCUCUAAUCUCUUCAGAUAGUUCCUUUGACCUCAUGAUUCUUGUUUGCUCUGACAUGUUCUAUGAGCUAUAAGGUCUUAUAUUGACAGGUGUGUAGUCUUCCAAAUCGAGUCCAAUCAGUUUCAUCAAACAAAGCUAGACUUCAAUGAAAGUGUUUCUUUAUGUCAAUAUCCGGUUCUGUUGUACAUAAAUGACGGGGGAAACUUAAAUGAUUUAAGCAAAAGACUGCAUUAUAACAAUGAGUGGAAAAAUUUAAGAGGGUCUGAAUACUUUCUGUGUUCACUGUGUGCGUGUGUGUACCACCAGUCACACUGUGCGAUUGCUUUUAUGGUGGUGCACAGCUUUUCCAUUUAACAAACUGUACAUAAUUUUAAA